UUACAAGAGGAGGAAACUUGUCCACGAAGUUCACCUCAAACCGGUCAAACAGAUAGGAGUUUGACAAUUUCCCUGUUUUUUUGUGCGUCACACAAUGAGAUGAGGCAUCUGGGUCCCACUGGGAACACGCCCACAAAGAAACGAAGAGGCAAAGUUGCAAUGAAGACCCAACAAUCCAGUUGCUGAAACCGAAUCCCCUGGGCAGGUCCCUUCUGUUCUGCAAUGGCGGAGGCAACACCAGCAGUCCCAAACAAGAACAGAUAUGCAGUUGUUACAGGGUCAAACAAAGGAAUAGGGUUUGAAAUAUGUAGGCAGUUGGCUUGUAAUGGGGUCCUGGUGGUUUUAACAGCCAGAGACGAGAAGAAGGGACUUGAGGCUGUUGAGAAACUCAAAGGGUGUGGCCUUUCUGAUCUUGUCUUCUUCCAUCAGCUUGAUGUGGUGGACCCAUCUAGUGUUGCUUCCCUUGUUGAUUUCAUCAAGACCAAAUUCGGAAGACUUGAUAUUUUGGUGAACAAUGCUGGAAUUGUGGGACUCAUCAUGGACUGGGAAGUUUUCCAGUCAACAAUGGCUAAGGGAGGACCUCAGACACUGAUCCAUGACCACGGGAUCGAAGUGAUGACUCAAACUUAUGAGAUGGCUGAAGAAUGCUUGCAAACAAACUACUAUGGUGCAAAGAGGAUGAUCGAAGCAUUUAUCCCCCUCCUGAAGCUAUCUGUUUCGCCGAGGAUUGUCAAUGCUUCUUCUGGAGCAGGGCGGUUACAGAACAUUCCAGGUGAGUGGGUUAGAACAGUGUUGAAUGAUGUGGAAAGCCUUACAGAAGAGAGGAUAGACGAGCUGAUAAAUGAUGAGUUCUUGCAAGAUUUCAAAGCAGGAUCACUGGAGACCAGAGGCUGGCCUGUCGUUUUCUCGGCCUACAUAAUGUCUAAAGCUUCCCUCAACGCCUACACGAGAAUCCUCGCAAAGAAGCACCCAAGUUUUCGGAUCAACUGCGGCUGCCCCCGUUACGUCAGAACCGACAUUAACGAAAAUACCGGCCCCCAGAGUGUGGAAAAAGGUGCUGAAUGUGCGGUGAAGCUUGCCCUCUUGCCUGAUGAUGGCCCUACUGGCCUUUUCUUCUUCAUGGGUGAAGUCUCAUCCUUUGAAUGGAUUGCAGUGGUGACAGGGUCAAAUAAAGGGGUCGGAUAUGGUAUAUGUAAGUUGUUGGCAGGCAGAGGGGUGAUGGUGGUGUUAACAGCUAGAGAUGAGAAGAAGGGCUUUGAAGCCGUAGAGAAGCUCAAGGGGGAGGGCGUCAACAUUGACCUUGUUCUUUGUCAUCAGCUUGAUCUGGCAAAUCCAUCUACCAUUUCUGCGCUAGCUGACUUUGUCAAGGCCCAAUUUGGAAGGCUUGAUAUCUUGGUGAAUAAUGCUGGGGUCAGUGGAGUCAUUGUGGAUUGGAAUGCAUUGAAGUCAUCUGAAUCUCGGCUAAAAGGCAUCAACAGAUGGCAUGGAAUAACAACCCAGACCUAUGAGAUGGCCGAAGAAUGCAUCCAAACCAACUACUAUGGCUCAAAAAGGAUGGUUGAAGCAUUCACCCCCCUCCUCCAGCUAUCCGAAUCACCAAGGAUUGUCAAUGUUUCUUCUGCUAUGGGGCAGUUAAGGUAUCUAAACAAUGAAUGGGCUAAAGGAAUGUUGAGAGAUGUCGAAAGCCUCACAGAGGAGAAGAUAGAGGAGGUGCUGAAUGUGUUUCUAAAAGAUUUCAGAGAAGGCGAGUUGGAGAGCCGAGGCUGGCCAGCUUACUGGUCCGCCUACAUUGCCUCCAAAGCAGCCAUUAACGCGUACACAAGAAUUCUUGCCGACAGGUACCCGAGGUUUCGCAUCAACUGUGUCUACCCUGGCUUUGUCAAGACAGAUAUGACGGCGAAUGUGGGGUUGGUGAGCAUAGAAGAGGCUGCAGAAGGUCCCGUCAAGCUAGCGCUCCUGCCUGACGAUGGACCCACCGGCCUCUACUUCGACAUGACAGAACCAUCAACUUAUGAAUGAGAAUUAUUCAUGAAGAUCCCAAGUGUUCUUGCACAAGUUUUGGGUAAUCUAAUUGAGUAGCUUAUGGUGAUUUAGCCAUGUUUGGCCAAACCCAACGUGUGUAAACUAUCAAGUGUGUUCAGAAUUAAGCGUUUCAUGGCUAGUAGCUAAUGCCUGGUUUGUGCAGCUGCGUGCUGUAGGUAUGGUUUUGAUUGGAAAGAUUUGUGACCUUGUCUAGUUUAUUGGCAGACAUUAUAGCCUUACGAUUUGUCUAACCGAGAGCUGGUCACUUGAUCUUUUGAGUUGA